AAUAUUUCUUAAGUUUUCUAUAUUCCUAUUUAAACUUUCUGUACUUAUUUUCUUGUUGUAUUUUUUUUAAAUAGAAAUUGCACUUAAUUCUAAUUGUCUUAAAACAGGUGUUCUAAGUUUUGAUAAAGACGUAUUUUAACUGUAUAAUAGUGAACAAAUCUGCGUUAUUUAGUGUUAUUUCCAAAUAAAAACAUUUAAAAUACACACGUACCGAACAUUAAGGUGUGGUGUUGUACGUAAGACACACAUUUAUUCCUUACCUCCUUUGCAUAAUGACGAUAUUUUCAUGGUUAAUCAAAUGUAGUCACGUUUUAGUACCACCAAAAACGUAGCAACAUUGAUGGCUAAGCUAUCAACGAUGCGACAGUUGGUUGACUGUUGUUUUUGAUUUUAGAAGGUUCAGUUUAGAAGGAAGUUGCGACAUACUUAAUAAGCAGGACAACAUCAUGAAAGUGUGUUUGUAUGCAGAAAAGAAAGUGAUUGUGAUAUCCUUGGCUCUAUCAGUCCUGCUGUACCUUGAAAUGUCCCGUGAAUAUGUUGGGGGAAAGAUCAAGAAAAGAUUCGAAAACGUGAUAGAAAAUCAUACCUCAGCAGUACCCUCACAAGCACCGCCUUUUAGCAAAAAGAAAUAUUUAGUUCUUUAUUACAAUCCGUCACCUUUUAUAUCAGUUAACCGAAAAUAUGCUAUGGCAUGUGAUUUUAAGAAAUGUGAAUGGAAUAACUGUGAACUGACAUUGAAUAAAAAUGAUGCCGUUAGAAGUGAUGCUGUAAUUUAUGAUGGAAUUUUCAUUCCGAAGAAACUAAACUUUACGCGACCAAAUGGACAAGUUUGGAUAUUUGCUGCCCAUGAAUCUCCACAAUUGUAUCACAUGGGAAGUAAUUGGUGGUACAAAAAUAAUUACGCCUUUAAUUGGACAAUGACUUAUAACAAAGAUAACACCGAUAUCUAUCUUCCAUACGGAGAAAUAAGAAAACGUACUGUGGACGUUCAACUAGAUUACGAGGCAAUAGCUAGUAACAAGACCCCUACGCCUCUGAUGAUAGCGUCACACUGCACGACAACAGCUAAACGACAGGAGUAUGUCAAAGAGCUCAAUAAACAUAUUAAUUUAACCAUAUUAGGUCUUUGUGGCGGGAAGAAAUGGAAUUGCGGUAAACAUUUCCGACAUGAUGACGAUUGUUUUCAAAUUUUGAACAAAUCGUAUUUAUUCUAUUUAGCAUUUGAGAACGCUUUCUGUCAUGAUUAUUUCACAGAAAAGUUUUUCGAAAACUACAAUUACAACACAAUCAUGAUAACACGUGGUGGUCUUCCUGGGGAUGCUAAACUACAUUUUCCAGAAGGAUCUUAUAUCUCUACGGAUGAUUUCAAGUCGGUAAAAGACCUGGCUAUGUAUCUGAAAAGCCUUACAGUUGCUGACAUAGCACAAAUGUUAAAGAGAAAGAACCAGUAUUAUUCCACUGGAUAUAAGCCAGUUUACCAAAGAGCAUUAUGUGACAUUUGCUACAGAAUGAAUUUUCAAAAGAAAUAUGAAAAGUCUAUUAAAGAUAUGAAGAAAUGGGCCUUUAAUUCUAAACCCUGUCUUGACCCUAAAGAGGUGAAAGAUAUUCGAUAGAUAUUAAAAUAUCAAUCUUUAAAAUGAAAACUUGAAAAGACUGAAUUUUUGUAGAUCUUCAUUUUUAGUUCCUUUAAGUAAUUUAUUGGAAAAAAAAUGAGUUUAGAAGAAUUAAACGGGCUAACAGUUAUAAAGCUA